UGCCUUCUGGCAUCUCGCCCCGUGUAAAUUCUUCUGCCGAAAACAGCUGAGAACUGACAGUGAUUUCUUUGUUUUUUGUUUUAUAUUUUAUUGACAGUUGGUUGCAACGUUAAAUUUGUACUUCAUGUAGUUCAAUCUCCACUAAGAAGCAAAACAUCGUACGGAUUAUAGUUGACUUUAUACAUGUGUAUAUGAAAUGGACUCCUUAAGAAACACAGAUUCCAUUCACCAAAGAAUUCAAUACCUGUUCAACAAAUUGAGCUCUAGUCAUUCAUCAGUCUGCUAUCGUGCUCUAACAGAAAUUAGAACUGAAUUCAUCCCGAAGCCUCAAUUGCUGCAGAUUUUUAUUCAAGCUGAGGGUGUGAAGCAUAUAGUUGCACAGCUACAAAAAUCCAACAGGAAAAUUGUUGAUGUCAGUCUUAGCAUUUUGGGUCAUUGUGUUCUAGAACAGGAGCCAAGAAAUAUUUUUCGCAAGGAAGGUGGUCUGCCCGUGUUAGUUCGGGUUUUGCGAUCGUUUGAAGACGAUACUGCUAUUUUAAGUAGGGGCUGUCGAGUCAUCGGAUCACUUGCCCACGAUAAAAAGGUUGCCGCGAAAUGUGUACUAGAGUAUUCGGUUCAUCAUACGAUAGGAAGCAUAAUCGAUCGCUCAACUGACGAAGAAAUUUUAAGCAUGGCCAUUCGUGCAAUCCAUAAUCUUUCCGAUUCUAAGGAACACGUCGCUGUUCUAGGAAAAAAUCAUAUCUACCCAAAGCUUUCAAAUUUACUAAUGAAAACUGAAAGUAUCAAUAUUCAAAAGAAGCUGUUUGCUACCUUGUCGCAUAUAUUUAACUACAUGAAGCGCUUCCCUGAAUCUUCUGCUCAUUAUUGGAUUGGAUGCGAAGGAGGAGGAAAAGUGAUAGCAAAAUUCGUAGAGCUGAGACUCAGCACCUCAGAUGUUAUAUCAACCAAGGCACCUCAGCUUUUAUACCAACUGGUUCAAGACAAACAUGUGCGGCCAUUGCUAGCAUCAAAGGAUGCGUUCGAAGCCCUUAUUCCGAUUGUUAAAGAAGAAAAGGAAUUGGGAAAGUGUGGAACAACAGUCUAUCUCAGCAGUCUGUUAUUAUUAUGCCGCGAAAGUCCAAACUGUUUUUUUCAAGUUGGGGGCAUCCCCGUCUUGCUCGGAUUAAUUCGGGAAUCAGAUCCGUUUUGCGCAGCAGGGUCAUCAAUACCAUUGCAUUCACAACGGUUUCGUUCGCAGCACAACAACAUCUUCAGUACUUUACUUGCUUUUAAAUAUGAUACGAGUGCUCUGGCAGAACUCGUAAGUGGAGGAGUUGUAGAUAUCCUCACCACCCGAUUGACUAGGUAUGUUGAACUAUGUCGAUCCGGUAAAGCUGGUUAUAGUCCUCAACGUCCUCAGCAAAAUCGUACACAAUCGGCAGAAACUGAGAUAAGUUCUUCUCUUUUGGAAGAAUCCUUUGAAGAACCGACAGAACCUCAUCAGACAGUUAGUCAUUCUGAAUGCAAGAUAAAAUGUCGUUCAAGAAAACAGUAUCGCACGACCAGCCCUAGUUAUCAGGCAGUGGAAAUGGAAUAUGACCAAUUUUCUCGACUCAGAGAAUCUAAUCAAAACAAUCCAGCUGCACUCAAUAUAUUUGGGUGGAAUCCUGAUCGACCUAAUGUGGUUGACAGUGAAACCAUCAGUCCACAUUCGAGUCCUAGAUCUCAAAGCAUGUCUUCUUCACCGACCCACUCUCUCUCAACCUGGUCAGAUUCCGGGUCAGAUGGUGACGCUGUUUCUGAUUAUUCUUCAGGGAAUGUCUCUCCAGCCUAUAGCUCCGGUUAUCCAGCAAGUCCGGCCUCAGAAAGUCCAAUCGAUUCACCUUCAGCCGAGUUAAUGAGUCCACUUUGUCCCCCUACUUUGCCUUCUUCAUCUGAUUUUGAACAUUCAGACGAUGAAGAAGAGGACCAAGCGGGUUGUUAUUCUCCAACUAAUGUUGACUUCGAACUUGAUUCAGAAAGCGAUGGCCUUCCUACUAGUCCAAAACUGCCAUGCAAAAAGCGGGCAAAAAUUAGCCAAAGUGAUUUGACGGGCCGGAGACUUUGUUGUGAAAAAGACCUUAAAAUGCUGUGGCUCAAACUGGGACAAGUUGACGAUAAAGAUUUUUACGAAAAUUGGCCCGAAUUUACAGCCGAACCGCAUCAGGUCCAUCAACAGGAAGUGGCCGUCUAUCUCUUGCUCAAACUCAGCUGGCUAGAAGAUACACCGAAACAGCUUACUGAUCUGAAUACUGUCAAAGCCGUUAUAGAUUAUUUGAUGGAAACUUCAACACCCACAUUUCGGGCCUGCCAAUUCCUUUUCCGACUUGCCAGUUGCCAAUCCUUGUUUGUGGAUCUACUUUUACGAUCACAAUUUCCAUUGGAAGUAUACCUCGGAUUAAAUCGAAGACUAACUACAGUUCACUGUUGUCCGCUACAUUCGAGUCUUCGAAGAGUGGCUGAACAAGUUCUCGAUCAAAUGGCAUCCAUUGUAGCGCAAUUUGGACGUGGUGAAAUUGAAAACAUUUUACUCAAGAGCGCCGACGAUUUAGCGUCCUCUUCGGUUGUUGCCAUGGCCGCACCGCUGAUCGUUAAAUCCAGGGGUUUGUUACGAAGAUAUGUCAAUGAUCUCCAGAUACUUGAUACCAUUGGAAAGCAGUUACGCUCGCCUAAUACCAGGGCAUACGCUGCCGCAUCGUUGUCCUCCCUUGGCUCAUUCCUAAAAAUGGACGACUUUCUCAGUCCUCGCACUGCCCUGAGUGAUUUAUUUAGCCAUGAGCCAUGCCAAGUAGCCAAUUUGAGAGAGGACGUUUUCUUCCACAUAAUUCCGAAUCAAAAGAUUGGUGGUGUCAAGAGUCGUUUACAGGGUGCAAGCUUCUUCGAAGCCAUGUUCCGUGGAGGAUUCCAAGAAUCUCAAAGUAAUGUUGUUCCCCUUGUUGAUAUCCAAGCUCCAGUGCUGAAGGUGAUUCUUCAUCUAAUUUAUGGAUGUGGUUGUCAAUGCGCAAUUAUUCGAAGCAUUGAGCGCUUAGUGAAUUCUGACCGAUCGGCGCUUAGUCUCCUGGAAUCGCUUGACCGCUUCCUAUUGCUCGAACAAUUAGAUGGAAUAAGCAAUUUCAUUGCCAGCCAAGAUUGGAGCAGUUCUCCAAAUAAUUUCAUUGCCCUCUGGACUUCAUUGGAUGGUGGCUUUCCGUUUGUUACGAAGCUAAGAAACCACUUGCAAUAUUUCCCUUUUUCCAAUGCUGCUGACUUUGAUUCCCGAUUUCAGUUAAUCGACACAGUUCUUCGAAUGGAAACAGCUGAUGAAACCAUUGGAAUUUGGAAAAAAAUGUUUCUUUCUAGAAUAGAAGAUAAGUAAAUUUCCCUGACAUCGCUUUUGCUAUACUUCUCGUUAACAGUAUCCCUCAUUUAUCUUGAAAUUUGACUGUGCGUUAUUGUUGGUUAUGUGGAUAAUACCAGGUGAUAUCAAUAAAGUUUGUUGUUCAGUGAA